UUGCAGGCAGCGGAGGUGGCCGCGAUGUCCAGGGAGGGGCGGCGCGCGCUGUCUCUGGCCUACGAGCUGUCCCUGGCCGUUCGGCAGCAGACCACCAGCGACAUCCGGGCCACGCUGUCCGCCCCCGAAGGAAGCAUUCAGAGCAGCCCGCUGGGAGCACUGACCACCCUGGCCGAGCACAAGGACGCGUGGAAGGUGGUGCGUCGGGGAAAAGAGGAGCUCGAGGUACCCCUCACCAAGGUCCGGCCAGGCAGCGGCGCUAGUAGCGCCAUCCUCGCGGACACCCCACCGCGGCAACCCUCGCGGCGGAGGUCUCCCGUGCACUCCUCACCCGGUACUCCGAAGACCGAGGAGACGCCCCAGGAGCUGCCCUCCGCGCAGCAGCUUCAGCCCACCUGCGAGCCCUCCGCGCAGAACGCAGCGUUGAACCCCUCAUCGUCUCUACUCAGCUUUGUACGGCGGUUCAGCGGCUCCCGCUUCCUCAGGGACCUCACCAACUCCAUGGCGGACAGCCCUGGCCCGGGGCUGGGGUUGCCGGCCCUGCCGGCGCUAGGGCUGUCGGCGCUGCGCCUCAAGGACAGCAGGUCUCUGUCUCUGCAGCUGGAGUCUCGGCAGGUGGCCGAGCAGGCGCACCCUGGCCUCCAGCGCAGCACCCUCGCGCUGCCCCGCGUGGAGCUCGACAGGGCCUCCGGGCUCACCCCGCUCCGAUCCAACGUCAUGAAGGUGUUCAGCAAGGGCAUCCUGUCCGAGAGCUCGGUUGACUUCUCCACCACCUCGAUCCAGGACGCGGGCCGCUCGCAUGCCCUGUCCGGCGGCCACGAGGCUGCCGUGUCGACCCAGGACGUGGCCGGGCUUCUGCGCCCCUCCCCGAAGACCACCACUGCGGCCACGAGCACGGCCGAGAGCGAACUCCCUGCCGGGGUGCUGUCAAGUAUGAAUCUGAGUGCCCACCGUGACCUGGUAGAGCUGCUGCGCCAGGAUGUGGUCCCCAUUACCACAUCGAGGGGCCUGACGGCAAACAUGUCCGAGGAGGGCAUCCCCCGCCCCGUCGUAGACGACGAGCACAAGAGUCUGUUUGACCUGAAGAAGUCCCUGCUCACAAGCAUCCCCGAGGCCGCUUCCCCUGACGAGGACGUACCCCACUGACUCUGAAGUACAAUGAUAGCAACCGAGAAAAGAAAGAACGCCAAAUAUUUUUCA